UUCCAAACUUAGUUUGAACUCGGAGCGUGCGGCGAGCGGUUCACCCGGCAUUUGUAGUUUUUUCGGUUUUUUAAAAAAAUCAACCAGUCUCCUUUUUCGGUUUCUUCGAAUAUACAAAGGUGCGGACAACAUAAUAGGACCACGUGUGUUUAUAUAGCUUAUCGGUAUUAUAAUAUACAUAUACUAUAACCCAAUGAGAAAAGUGUGUGUGUUUGUGUACUGAAGAGCACUAAAUUAGUUGAAUCGCGGAACAAAACAGAGCUAAAAACCAUGUGGACUGAAUCGAACUGAACUGUAUUCGAAGCUCCACAUCAGCACAAAGAGAGUGCUGAUAAAAAAAAAAACAGAGAACAGUUCAUGAAAACCCCGAUAAGAGCAAUGCACUUAAUUACAUAAAAACCAACCGCAAAAAAUCGGAAAAGUUAUCUUAAAAAAUUAAAUCCUUAGGGGUCCUAGGAACUACCCCAACCACUCAACAUACACAUAUCCUGAAAAAUGGCGCGCGUUCAGGCCAGCGACUCCUUGAUACCCCGCCAGGUGUUCGAGGUAAUUCCGACGGAACCCAACAACUCCACGGCGGACAGCGGGAGCCAGGGUUCCGGGGUGAGGAUGAAGAAGCAGAUCGGCCUUCUCGACGGAGUGGCCAUUAUCGUGGGCGUAAUCGUGGGCUCCGGCAUCUUCGUCAGUCCCAAGGGAGUGCUCAUGUUCUCCGGCUCCAUUGGGCAGUCCCUCAUCGUCUGGGUCCUCUGCGGCGUUCUGAGUAUGGUGGGAGCCCUAUGCUACGCGGAACUGGGCACGAUGAUACCUAAAUCGGGCGGAGAUUACGCCUAUAUAGGAACUGCAUUUGGCCCCCUGCCUGCGUUUCUUUAUCUGUGGGUGGCCCUGCUGAUUUUGGUGCCCACGGGUAAUGCCAUCACGGCAUUAACCUUCGCCCAAUAUCUGCUAAAACCUUUCUGGCCCUCCUGUGAAGCGCCCAUCGAAGCGGUUCAGCUGCUGGCGGCUGCCAUGAUAUGUGUGCUAACACUUAUCAACUGCUAUAAUGUGAAGUGGGUGACACGUGUGACGGACAUUUUUACGGGCACCAAAGUGGUUGCCCUGCUGGUGAUCGUCGGAGCUGGAGUCUAUUGGUUGUUGAAAGGACACACGGAGCACUGGGAGCAACCGUUCUCUGGAAGCCAAAAGGAUUCCGGCUUUAUAGCUCUGGCAUUCUACAGCGGCCUCUUUUCAUACUCUGGGUGGAACUACCUGAACUUCGUAACCGAGGAGCUCAAGGAUCCGUACCGCAAUCUUCCAAAGGCCAUUUGCAUAUCUAUGCCGGUGGUCACCAUUAUCUACAUGAUCACGAACAUUGCAUACUUUUCGGUGCUCUCUCCGGACGAGAUUUUAUCGUCGGACGCAGUGGCUGUCACUUUUGGGGACAAGAUGCUGGGAUUUCUGUCCUGGAUAAUGCCUUUCGCAGUGGCCUGCUCCACUUUCGGCUCCUUAAAUGGAGCGAUCUUCGCCUCCUCUCGACUUUUCUUCGUGGGUGCCAGGAACGGUCACCUACCUGCAGCUAUUUCCCUGAUCAACGUUAAUUGUCUGACGCCUGUGCCGUCGCUGAUAUUCCUGGGCGUACUUACCAUGCUACUGCUGUUUAUCAAAGACACCUAUGUCCUGAUUAACUACGUCAGCUACGUGGAGGCUCUAUUUACGCUAAUCUCGGUAUCCGGACUGCUGUGGCUGCGCUACAAACAACCUAAGACAGAGCGACCCAUCAGAGUCAGUUUGGUACUGCCCAUAAUCUAUCUGAUCGUCUGCCUGUUCCUGGUGAUCUCCUCAUGCUCACAGUCGCCCUACGAAGUAGGAAUAGGCACGAUCAUCAUACUGUCUGGUAUUCCAGUCUACUAUCUAACAAUUCACAAUCCGGUCAAAUGGUUAACGGACACGUCGCAGACCAUCAACCUGUGGUGCUCCAAGUUCUUCAUCUGUAUGCCAAACCAGGAAAAGUUCGACUAGGAUUGGAGGACUCUACGAUUUAGUUGAUGGUGUGCCUUUUGUAGAUGUAUCGAUCAACACAGCUAUCGAAGGAAAUAUCUCGUAGUUACCCUAAGUCUCAAUUUACAAAUAAGAUAGUUAGCAACGCGAAAUUUGGAAACCUACGCACAACAUAACAAAAGUGUUAUUGUAUAUAACUCAAAUGCAUUCUGGUAGGGAAGACUCUGCUAAAUUUAUUAUUAUAAUUAUUUUCUAAUAUAUUACUAUUGUAUAUUUCGCCCAAAAAAAUAGUUCCUCGUCAAAUCAAGAAAAUGGAGACACACGAACAAUGUCUAUUAAAUUAAAUACGAACCAAUUUUUAUAUAUUAUACAUUUAAUUAGGAGCUUAUUUAGUAAUUAAUAAAUAUUAUUAAAACAAGUAAAGAUUGAGUUUGUUGUUUA